ACCAACUUUCUUCAUAUCUUAAUUUCUCUCUAUUCACCUUACUCCUCUUCCAAAAUGAAUAUCAUAGUUGAACACAACCCUUCGAGCAUAAAGUUAUCUGAGCUUGGAGUCAUGUCAUGGCCUAAAUGGUCUUGUCAGCCUGGGAAAUAUGCAUUGGUGUUUGAAGAAAGAGAGACAUGCUAUUUGGUGAAGGGAAAGGUGAAGGUGUAUCCAAAAGGUUCAUCAGAGUUCGUAGAAUUUGGUGCAGGAGACCUUGUAACCAUCCCCAAGGGACUUAGCUGCACUUGGGACGUAUCUCUUUUCGUAGACAAGCACUACAAGUUUGAUCCUCCUACUUCUCUAUAAUAAUUUCAUACUUAUGAUCUAGUUUUGGAUGAGUCUUUAUCAUCAUGAAGCAUAUAAGCUUCAAUAUUCAGAUAGUAAAGUAUAGAAGAGAACCCAAAAAGACAAUGCUUAGAGAAUGUACAAAGCCUUUCCUAGAUUAUGUUUUCAAAUGUAACUUCUUUGGAGCAAUGAUCAAGAAA